AUGCAUGGUCCUGCUCAGUCACCGAAUACAAAAAAGCAGAAGAAUCACAAACCGGAAGAGGAACCAAAUUCAGACACCAAAUCACCUCUACCAUCACAGUAUAUUACCCAACUUAAAGGAUCUGUUCGUCCCAAUCAGGAAGAGUUGAAACAGAUCCAUAAGCCCAGAGGGGAAAGUAUACCUAAGUUAGCUCACAAGCUAGACCGUGUACUCUUUUCUCCAGGUGUUCACUUUCUUCAGGAUCCAAGAACUAGAGUUUACAACUUUAACCCAUACUUGAAACAGAUUGUUUCUCAUGAGGACUUCGAUUUCGAAAAGGUGCAAAAGUUCGUGAGUGCGUCGAAGGAUGCGACUCUUCUUCGAGAAGCGAAGGCACAGAACAAGAAAUUUUACUCAAGUACUUCUUCCAUGACACUGACGCUUCAUCAGUUCUAUUUAUUUUUGAACAACUAUACUCCGUCCGAAGACUCGAAAUACAGAUUUGACUUCCCUAAUUUCUCCCGAACUGCAAGAGAUCUUCCGCUGGCGGUUAUAGUUGAGCCAAAAGGAGUAAACGAAGCAAAUGGCGAGACAAUUUACUCGGUAACAUCCGACAAGUCGACCGAUGUGGAGAUUUUACUCUCAGCCAUGGGUCAUUGUUUGGAGGCUUUGCUAACGACCGAGGAAGAAGAAUUCAAGGAGCUUCUAAUAAAACGCGAUGGUGAUGAGAAAGAUGAAAAAAAGACUGCUGAAAAUGUUUACAAUUACCUGGGCUACGGCGAUUUUCUCAUGAGAUCGCAACUUGAUUGUUAUGACUCUAGAUUACCUGGUAACGGUACAUUCGAUUUGAAAACAAGAGCAGCAGCUUCCGUUAGAUAUGACAAAGCUUCCGAAGCUGCGGACUCAAGUUAUCAAAUCUGGAAAUUGAAAGGCAAUGUUGAGUCCUUCCAGCGAGAGUUCGAGGAUUUAAUUCGCACUGGAGGGCUUCUCAAGUAUGGCUUUCAAGCAAGAAUUGGCCAGAUGGAUGGUAUAUUUGUCGCUUAUCACAACAUCAAUUCAUUUUUCGGCUUUCAGUAUCUUCCUUUGAGCGAAAUUGACAAAGUCUUUUAUUCUAAUACUCGUUUCGAUGAAAAAAUUGAAACUCACGGCGCAGCCAACGAUAUCGAGCAAGACGGUAAUAUGGCUUCAUUAUUUGCAGAGGCACAAUUCAAAGCCUCGAUUCGAAUUUGGCAAGAUGUAAUGAAAACAGUCGAACGGGAUUUCAAAGGGACUGAAUAUGAGGGUUCUGCAUUCCGUUUGGUGACAAACAGAGUGAGCAGACGCGAAAAUCCCGCUCCUCAAAAAGAAUCUUUCUUGAGUGUUUUUGCUGUUCCCAUUUCUCGUGCCGAGGCAGACGAGCUUCAGCUGGUGUCUGCAAAGUACCAAACGUCUUUCCGUGAAAACAUUUCUGAUGCAGAAAGAUUAGAGAAUUUGGAGAAAAUUCAAAGUGAGCUUAAUAAAUUCAACGAACAACUUGUUGAGAAAAAGCAGCUCUUUAGCUACGCUGUUCGAUCCUCUUUUUAUGUGAACGGUACUCGCAGACCCGAUACUGACAAUCAUCAUUAUCCCAACAGUUAUAAAGAUGAUAUUGAGUGGCGUUACGCCAUUCAAAGGAUUUAUAAAAAUCCCGGUGAAAGCAAUGAAAAAGUCAAAAUCAAAGAAAGUUCUUCACUUCUGGUUGAGCACUAUCUCAAAGCAACACAACUAUGUACGAACAUGUUGACAAAAGCUUACAAGGAGUUACCCACAAGGAAGAAGCCAAGUCUCACUGAUGUCUUGCGCAAAUACUCGGAAGUCGGUAAAAUUAGACUUGAGAAGUGGAAUGAGUUGGAAAACCCCCCAAGGAUAUAUUGA